GUAGGAAAUGACGUAAAUUCUCUGCGCACGGAAGUCGUUUCGAUCCGCGCGAUCAACCCGGGGUCUGUACUGGCGGGUGGAAAUAUUGGUAGGUUAACGCGAUUGACACAUUCAGGUUUGUUGCAUUUUUAAAAAAAAGCAAGAAUGGCAUCUAAGAAGGAACUCACGAGUGAUAAGCGGUUUUCUCGCAUCACAAAAGACCCUCGGUUUUGGGAAAUGCCGGAAAAGGACCGCAAGAUCAAAAUCGAUUCAAGAUUUCGGGCUAUGUUUCAUGACAAAAAAUUCAAGUUGAAAUAUACUGUGGAUAAGCGAGGUCGACCAAUUAAUCGUACCUCUACGGAGGACCUGAAACGUUUUUAUGAACUUUCUGAUUCAGAUUCUGAUAUUUCAGAGACUGAUAGUAAGCAGACUGAAAAGAAAACAAAUCAGAAAAAGGUCAAAUCUAAAGGAGGAAAAAGCUCCACAAAGUCUUCAGUUGGUAGGCAAACAAGCAAGCAGGCAGAUGAGAUUUCAUUUAUCUCACAGUCAGAUAUUUUAAAAAGUGAUGAUCAAAAAGGCAAAUCGUUUAAACCAGAAAAGGAUAUAAAAGGGAAAAAAGCAACUGAAUUUCCACAGGACCUUACAGUAGCACCCCCAAAGCAGAACAAUUGUGAUGAAAUUUCUGAAGAUUUUUUAUGUAAAAAAUCUUCAAAGAAGACUGUAAAAGUAAAAGCAAUGGGAAAUUACAGAAAUGAUUUCUCUGCCAGCCACGUUAAGGAAGCAUAUCUGAAAAAUAAAAGUUGUGAAGUUGAAGAGAGUUCUAAUCUGCAAGAAUCAAAAAGCAGUGAGGAAAGUGAAGAGGAAGAUAAAUUAGAAGUUAAUAGUGAUCUGCAAGAGGAAAGUGAUUUGGGAGAUGAAGGCGCAAUAAGAGAGGAAAGCACUUCAGAAGAUGAUGAAGAUUCAACGAAUGAAAGUCAAACAGAGAAUGAUGAGAGCGACAGUGGGCCAGAUUUGGCUAGGGGGAAAGGUAAUCUUGAAACCAGCUCUGAGGAUGAAGAGGAAGAUGAUUUCUUGGAGAUAUUUCCUAAAGAUCCAGAAGUUAUACAUGAAUGGGGAGAAUUGGGGAAAGAUGCCCCACAAGCAGAUCAGGUCACACACAGACUGGCAGUUUGUAACAUGGAUUGGGAUCGCUUGAAAGCGAAGGACGUACUGGCUUUGCUUAAUUCAUUUACACCCAAAGGUGGUGUUAUUUUUUCUGUAAAGAUUUACCCUUCAGAGUUUGGAAAACAGAGAAUGAAGGAGGAAAAACUAAAAGGCCCUGCAGAACUAUUAAGCCUUCCUCAAAAUGUCACAGAAAAAGACAGCCUUUAUAAGGAGAAAUUGAGAGACUAUCAAUUCAAACGCCUGAAGUAUUUCUAUGCAGUAGUUGACUGUGACUCCCCUGAAACAGCCAAUAAAAUAUAUGAAGAGUGCGAUGGACUGGAAUUUGAAAGCAGCUAUUCUUUUGUGGACUUGAGAUUUAUUCCAGAUGACGUGACAUUUGACGACGAGCCAAAGGACAUGGCCUCUGAAGUGGACGUGGCUGCUUAUAAACCAAAGUACUUCACAUCCGCUGCUGUAGCAACAUCAAAGGUAGACAUUACGUGGGACGAGACAGAUCCAGAAAGGGUGACUUCUCUGAGCAAAAAUUUUAAAAAAGAUGAACUUCUGGACAUGGACUUCCAAGCUUAUUUAGCCUCAUCAAGUGAAGAAGAAGAGGAAGAGGAGGAGGAUGCAAAAGAAAAAGGCAAUGAUGAAACCGACAUAGCAGAUGGCGAUAAACCUAAAGAACAUGCCAAAGAUGAGGAAGACCAGAUAGCAAAAUACAAAGAGCUUCUUCGGAGUAUCCAGGAAAAAGAAAAGAAGCUCCAAGACACUGAUAUGGAAAUGGAAAUUAAAUGGGUUCCUGGUUUGAAAGAAAAUGCUGAAGAAAUGGUAAGAAACAAGUUAGAAGGCAAGGAUAAUCUGACUCCCUGGCAGCAAUUUCUAGAAAAGAAGAAAGAAAGAAGGAAAAUGAAGAAAAAGCAAAAGGCUGCUGUUAAGGAAACGCUGAGUGAAGAUGAAUGUCCAUCUGAUGUUGAUUUGAAUGAUCCAUAUUUUGCUGAGGAACUUGGGAGACAAGGUUUGAAUAAAACAUUAAAGAAAGGAGAAGUUGUUGAAGAAGAUGAAGAUGAAGAAAAGCAGAAGGCUGAAAUGGCUUUGUUGUUGAUGAUGGAUGAUGAGGAGGAGCAAAGGUGUCACUUCAAUUAUGACAAGAUUGUAGAACAGCAGAACCUGAGCAAAAGGAAAAAGAAGCUGCUAAUGAAGAAGGAGGAACUGGUGACAGAUGACUUCCAGGUAAAUGUUGAUGAUGCCAGAUUUCAAGCCAUGUAUACGUCCCAUUUGUAUAAUUUGGAUCCUUCCGAUCCAAACUUUAAGAAAACAAAAGCAGUGCAAAAGAUUUUAGAGGAGAAAGCUCGCCGAAGGCAUCAAGGGUCAACUGAAUCGAAAGGAGAACAGGACAAUGUGGCAGAGAAGAAACCUGUUGCCAAAACAUCUCUAGAUCCUGCAUUGUCGAUGCUAGUCAAAUCCAUCAAGAAUAAAACAGAGCAGUUUCAAGCAAGGAAGAAACAGAAAGUUAAGUAAGUUGACUGAAGAGUUUGAAGAUGAAGUGGAAUUUCAAAGAAGACACAAUUUAUUUUAGGUUAAAAAAGCCCCACUGGAUCCGUGAACCUUUCUUCACCUUUUCUUCCAGUUCAAGUUCAAUGCUUAUAAAAAUCUUGCCAGAGGAAUUGCAAAUGAAGCUAUCCUAAAAGCAAAUGGAACUUAUUUCAGUUAUAUUAAAAAAUGAGAUUGUUUUCUUUUCAUAGCAUGUUGUGGGAUUGGUUCUUAAACAUUUUUAAAUGAAGAAAAUAUUUUGGAUAUUUGUAAUCACAUUAAUAAAAUGGAUUAAAUAGAAA